UUUCGGACGUCAUCAAUCUGCGCUGCCUGAAACCCUGCAAAAGCUUUAGAAACUUCAAGGAGAACAUGUGCUAACGACCAGUGAUCCUGGGAGCAUGGCGUGGAAGUGGUGCGAUGGGCACUCCUUGCCGGUGCUUUGUGUGGGUGCUGGCGCUGAUGGACUUUUGGCUUCAGGAGCAGAAAGUGGAGAGCUGACAGUGUGGAGUGAUGAAGGGACUCCCAUUGGCCAGCUAAAACUGGAGGGAGGUGAUGAUGUAACCUGCGCCAACUUCUCUCCAUCUUCCCCGAACAAAGUGUACGUCUCUCACGGGGAAGCAAUCAGCAUCUUGGAUGUCAGGGCUUUGAAGGAACCUGUGAACCUUUUCCGCGUCAGCGAGGAUGAGAUUAACUGCCUGUCUGUGAAUGAAACUGACAGCCUGCUUGCAGCUGCAGAUGACUCUGGGUCAAUAAAGAUUCUGGACCUAAGCAGUGGGAAGGUCGCCCGUUCACUGCGCAAACACACAAACAUUUGCUCAUCUGUGGCAUUCCGCCCCCAGCGACCUCAGUGUCUGGUUUCAUGUGGGCUGGAUAUGCAGGUGAUGCUCUGGAACCUGCAGAAAGCCCGUCCUCUCUGGGUUCUAAACCUCCAGGAGCUGGGUGAGGAGGAGGAGGAGCAGCAGCAGCAGAGUGCAGGCCAGCUUUUCAACCCUCCUCUCGCGCAUGCCAUAACCGUGGCGACCUGCGGCAACACCUUCGCCUGUGGUUCCGAAGACGGGAACAUCCACGUGUUCAAAGUGGCGGGAACAAGGUUUGAGAGACAGGUGGGGUUCAAGGCUCACAGCCAGGGGGUAUCGCAGGUCCACUUUGUCAACUUUCUGUCCCAUCCCCACUGGCUGGUGUCUGGAGGGAAUGAUGGGAAGGUCUUACUGUGGGAUGCCAGCGCAGGAAGCGCGACGGUGAGCAAAGGACAGGCCAAAGGAGGCCACAGGAGAAAGGCAAAGUCUGUAAAAGGCCAGAGUGCCAGCAAGGAAGGUGCUGACCACAACACAGAACUAGAAGUCAAAGCUUUUUCACCAAAGCUGAGUAUUAACCACGAGGAGAAAGUGAACUGGAUUUGUCCAGCACAGCUGAAGGGGGAGAGUUGGAUUAUAGUUGCAGAUCAAAGUAGCUCGUUGUCUGUUUAUCCUAUAACAGGCCUGUAGGAUCGAAACAUUUCUCCCCAUUGCUCCUUCAACAUGAACCUUGAUGUGCUAUAGGGCCUCAUAUGGUCUGCUAAACAACGUUGAUGGACAAAAACUAGUUAAAGUAGUCCCAUAAACCUUAUAUUUUCAUGAUAUAAAUGUAAGCAAGUCAAAAACCAUUUGGAAAUCAGCUCAGUGAAUUUCGUAGUGGACUAGAUGUGUGAAACAAGUAUUUUGAUAUUCUGAUAAUUAAUUGAAGUAAUUUUGAAGCCAAAAUGAGUUUGAGUUUAACAGCGGGGACAUUUUCAGUGUUUUAUUGUGUAUUGCAAUCCCAUAAUUGAAAUAAACACAAUUGCAUUGCUUUUUACAAUCUGUGGUAAAAGUACAGUAUUUUUUUUCCUGUUGGUGGAACUUUAAUGCAUGCGUCCCUUUCAGUACUGUAACUGUUGAUGUAGAAUGAGUUGCAUUGUAUUUUGUUUUGCUUUUUUUCAAAGUUUUUGUAAAACAAUGUACUGAGAGCUUGUUUGUGUAACACUUGCACUUGAACAAGUGCAUACUGUGGAUAUGGGCAGUGGUGAUCUACAGUAUGUUUGAAGUUACAGCUGUGGCGAGAUAUGUAUCUCACUGAUGCUUGUUUCUAUGGCACUGGGGAAAAUGUCUGCUAGUCAAAUGGUUAAGCAUAACAAGUUUGGACUGAUAAAGUGGGGCUAGUGUUUGAACACACUGCAGUCACAUAGCCCAGGUCUGCAACUGAAAUGCAGGAAUUAUUUUUCUGCACCAACACUUAGAGCUGUCAGCCCAGGGUCAAGGUCAGCCUCAGUGAUUUAUAUCAAGCAGGGUUCAUGUCGGGGCUUGACAACCUUGAAAAAGUUCAGGAUUUUUGUAAAAUAACCUCACCACUGCAACCUACUUACCGAUUUGGAGGACUAAAGAUCAACAGGAACCUUUCUUUAACCACUGUCUCUUCUCCUGGUGCAGCCUGGGAAGUCUCGGCCUGGUCUUAUCGUGUGUCUGACCAGUAGGGGUUACUGAAAAAAUCAACAAAAGUUCCUGAUGAAAAGCCUUUGUGAUAUUGCUUUCUGUCGCCGUUCAUCUGCUUUUAUGCCACAUAUAACAAUGACAGGGUUAGCAAUGGUGUUUUCAACUCUAUGUGGUUGUAGCUUGGGACACUAAAUAGCUAAGCAAGCUGGUCAAAUAGGGUUGGGAUUUCACCCUCUGCAAAUAUGGAUUCGUAAUUGCUGUAAAAUGUGUGAAUUAAGAUGUCACCUCAUUGUGACUCCAAAUACUUCCCAAUAAUGACAUGCCUUUGUCACACAACUGAUACUUUUAUGUCUGCUGAAGGCUCUAGACUUCCAUGCGUACUGCAAUAACAUUGUUUGUGAAUAGUGCCGAGAAAGAUUAUCUCAUCAUUCAAGAUCAUGGUUCCACUUGUGCCAACAUUUCAUUGUAGUGAGCUUUAGCUAAAAAUAUAAGAAGCUCCCACAGCAAAAUGUUUGAAUUUAUUGGAGUUUUACAACAAAAAGAACAGUACACCUUAAAUAAGACAUUAGACGCUGCAAGAAUAUAAUAGGAAUUUCUGUUUUAACAGUGUAAGUCAUGAAAUUAUUCUCAGUUCAGUGCUGUUGUUUGUCUGGUGUUGAGUUUUGACAAAUUGCUUGACCUAUAUUUCAGAAUAGGUCUACAAUUUUUUUUUUUUUAAUUGUUAGAAAAUUAUUAUAAUGUUAUGGUCAUGCGUAACAAAAUAAGUGUCAAACUGUUAACACCAGCUUGCUUGGAGAAGGUCUUAAGUGUCCCCGUUUGUAGUCAUUGAAGUGCUGGAUUUUCAUGACCUGUGUUCACAUCUCCUGUACUAACUGCAGCCCAAAGGCAUGCUAUGAGGAGUUCAGAGUCAGUUUUGUGUGAUACAGGAACAAUGUUGAAUGUGUAUGUUUAGCAAAGUUUUCAACAGUGUUUUUGUUUUUCUGUGGGGUAAAAAGAACAAACAAUAAUUGGAUAUUCUCAACUGUACUGUACACUAAUAAAUAAUAAAGGAACUCUCAAAAUGGUCUGGAGAUGAAGUCCUGCACUCUGGGUAGUACAGUCAUAGCAGUGAAUGGCAUGGCUCAGCAUGGUAUUCUGGAUUGAGAUCAUAAUACCUUGUGUGCAGCAGGGUUCCAGUGAAAGUACAUGGCCCUGGCAAAUAUUGUGCAUGGACUAAAAAGCUUACGUGAAAUAAGAUAAUAAAUUGUUAAACCAGAAAUGUAAAAUAGCUGAUUCUAAUAUCUAAAAAAAUAAAUAGGAAGGGUGAUGCUCAGGAAACAUUCUCAUGCCAUACAUUUUGGAAUUAAUUCAUCAUCAUUACAACUGGGUAAACACACACUUGUCUCUUUUUUUAUUGUUCAUUCAGAUGAUGCAACUGAUCACACUUUUUUUUUUUCACUGGAUUUUGAUUAAUGACCAUUUAAGAGGGGGAGUUUUGUCCUUACUCUAGCUACUUCCAACUGGAACACUCACAUGCAAGGCAUUAUGGGCAACUGCAAGAAGUUGGUUGUUCUUGUGCUGAUGCCUUUCAGCAGAUGUAACUGUAUGUGCUUCAUGAUUGCUGUUGUCACUAUCUGACCCAGAAUAGAGAAAUUGGCUGUUUGAAAAUGUAUCUAUAAUAAGAUUAAAUGAUCUGCCCUAUAAAGACGUUAAAACUAAAUAUGUUUUUACAGUAUGUGCAGGACAAUUUUGAGUUUCCAAUACUACUUCAGGGAUCCAGCCAUUCCAAGUGUAACUUGAUCCUCCUUACAGGCUAGAUCUUGAUCCAUCAACCUGUCCAGAACCGAAUACAAAGAAAGGAUUGCAGGACUAUUGCACUUACAGUAAACCUACUGAAGCACCCUGGUAAAUGAACUGUUAUUGACAUGUUACCUGUCCUUUAUACUUUUGACUGUGACUGUCACUUGGCCUGGAACCUCUGCUAGUAUUAGAUUUGAUAGUAUUCAUAACAAGUGAAUACCAAUUAAUAUUCGGACUACAAAAACUGUAUGUUUUUAUUUUUAACUACAACGGACCCCAGUGUACAUGUCGGACUGUAAGCAGUUAUUCUCUGCAUGGUGAGUAUCUUGCUGGUGGUAAAGUGAGCUAGAUUGUAAUGCAUUUUUGGACAUUUGGUUGGUUGGGUGCCUUGGUAGAUGGCAGACAGCUAGGGUAUAAAGAGUGGAAAUAGCAUUGGUUUUGUAUUAGCGUGCUGUAUCACCAGUGGACUCAUUACUAAGCCUUGGUUAUUACCUCCAGGUUUGUACCAUGAAAUCACAUCUCCAUACACUAACUUGGACAAGGAAGCAAAACUUAUGCAAACAAUGCUAUCUUUUGCUCCAAAAUCUGGCAUUGGCACUGGAAAAUUAAGUUUUGUGUUGAAAUCUCUGAAAGCCACAGUCAGUUGAGUAAUUCUAUUUUACCUUACUGUGUAAUGUUUAUUGUCAAUAGAAAAUGUUUAAUUAAAAAAAAAAAAAAAAAAAGGUCACUUAUGAAAUCUUGGGAUUUUUUUCAUAACAGAGCUCUUUUGUGCAGACCCCCCCCCCCCCUGUCUCGUGGGGGGCUUUGACAGGUACUUUCCCUAGGGUAUGCUUCUGGGAAGGAAAGGGCCUGGCAGCUCUCUGUGCAAAUCAGAAAAUAUUUCAAAAGGUCACAGGGUUUUUCUCCUUGUCUAGUACAGACUGUCUCUUUCUUAACCAAAGUAAAAACAUAAAUAUACAGACUCCCGUCAUCUUUAACAGACUUUG